AUGGAAGUUAGUAACAGCCAUACAACAAUUAAACAAGAAAACAGGCUACUUGACUACGAACACUCCAAUAUCAACAUUGGUGCUGCAUUUGCAGGAAUAGGGUACAUCCUGGUUGACUUCAAUGCAUUCAUCAAUCACGUCUGUGAGAAGUACGGCGUAUUCAGGGACAAUAUGCCACUUCUGCUCAUUUUGGAGUAUUUCGAAUUCUACGACAAAAUGAUGCAAGACGUGUUCCAGGAUGUGAGAUACCUCUGUAGAGACGGAGACGAAGAGACCAACUACGCCAAGAAGCACGUCCUAGGUGCCUUCAACUGCCUGUUCUACAACAGGGUUGAGGAGAGUGAGCGUAUUGCAAUGGUGGUGAGUGGAUUCAGCCAGUCUGAUUUCAUAAAGCAGGUGCUAGGCAGGGGAUUCUACGUCUCCCUGAUUGAGACAUUCAGUUACGAAAUACCCUAUUUGCAUGGCCAGGUAUUCAAGCCAAGAAAGGCGGAUGAGAAGUGGGAGCCAGAGACAUCUGCCCUGAAAAUAGAAGAGGGAAAGAAGAAGACGGAUUACAGGGCUGAAUUCAUGAAAAAGUAUAAAAUACCAGAAAGGGUGGUGUACAAAAAAGACACGUCAGCUGGGAUUGAAACCCAGUCCUGUCUGACUGAGGAGUUCUAUGACGGUUACCUGAGUCACGGACUCUUUGAGACCAGAAAGGAGGAUAAGACGGUAGUUGAUUACUCGUUACAGAAUGAGAUAGAAUACACCUCGAAUGACCUAGACCUGAUCAUGCCACCCAUUCCUGAGAAGAUGAGCAUCAAACACCUCCUGAACAUCACGAAAUCAGCCAAAUCCCUCUGUGACGGCAACUUCAUGUACGACACAUCACUGAUGUACAAGGAGACUGAUCCUGAGACGCAGAAGCCGCUGAACAAGAAGAAGCAGCGAAUCAUCGAUGAGAAUCAGAAGAGGAAGGAGGAGUCGAAGCAGCGAAGUGACAACCAGUGGCUGAGCAACUUCUACUCCAAUUACAGCAAAUUGAAGACAUUUGAUGAGAAGCGUAGGCUGAUUGAAGGAAUACGGGUGAAGAACGAGGUGAUAGAGAGAAAGCUGUCACUGCUGAAGAUUGAGCUGUACAACACCGUCUGGAGCGUGGAAACAAGGGGAAUUGACCCCGAUGAAUCCAAGCUGGUUCCCCUCUACUUGGAGUGCCUAAAUUUCAUGAACCGUUACCACGGUGCCGAUUACGACCAGGAGGAAAUGGAGUUUGUUGUCGACGCCUUCUGCUCCGCCGGCUUCUCCUCAACUGCCCAGGAGCUGAUUGAGACCCAUCAAAUGCCGUUCAAGAGGGCUGUUGGCAAAUCAAGGCCCUCUGACGUCGAUCUCUAUUUCCAGUUGAAAUACACUGGUCAGUUUCUGAAGAGAACCCUUGGAACGAGACCAGACAGGCGAGUUCCAUUUGAGCCCGAUGCCUGGCAGGUGCGUCUCCUCGACGCAGUCGAUGCUGGCAAAUCGGUGGUGAUUUCGGCACCAACGUCCUCUGGAAAGACGUUCAUCUGCUACUACGUCGUCGAGAAGCUGAUCAGGGAGUUCAGGGAGUCGAAGAAGGCGCCACCAAAGGCAGAUCGACCAAACAGCGAUGGAGUCGCCUUCAUCAGGGCGGUCUACGGCACCGCCGACCUCCCUUCGACUCCAUCGAAACUGAAAUUCACCAAAAUGAGCGUAGUCGUCUUCUGCCUCCCAACAAAGGCACUUGCGAACCAGGUGAGUGCCGACAUCUUCGCCCGUUUCAAAAUUCAGAAGAACACGUCUCUCCAGGGCACCCUGACGCACGACAGGUGCUCAGAGCCAUUCAACUCGCAGGUGCUGAUCACCGUCCCAUCGAUGCUCGAGGCCGUGCUCCGAAACAGGGCCCUUCGCGUCAGGUACCUCGUGAUGGACGAAGUCCACAAAAUCAACGACGAGAAGCUGGGCGUGACGAUGGAGCGAGUGAUCCACCUCUGCAACGGGCCCAUUCUGCUGCUGAGUGCGACAAUCGGCAACUUGGACGAGUUCUACGGCUGGUUCAGGGCGGUGGAGGCGUCGAAGGGCAGGGAGUGCGACCUGGUCGUCCACAAGGAGCGAUUCUGCGAGACUCGCCACUUUUCUGUGAAAAUGGGGGCUGUUCCGUCCCUGAUUCGACUGAACUGCAUGUUCGCCUACACGCCCUCGCACCUGAGCGACUUUGGCUUUGGAGACGACCUGCAGUUUCUGCCUGAGGAGCUGCUGAGCAUCUUCUACUUCAUCUACGCCGUUCUGCCUGAAGGAAGCAAGGGCAGAAUCAGGCAGCUUGCGCCAAAGAAGUUCUUCAGGUCGAACCUGAUCACCAGGGCCAAUGUCAGGGAGUACGAGAGACACCUCCUUGGCACCUUCCAGGAGUGGAUUCAGGGGCGGAUUCUGAGCACGAAGGAGGUGGAGGCAGUCUACGACCUGCUGACUGGCGAGGCAAACAGGGAGGUGGCUGCGAUCCAGGCGGAAGAGAGCCAGCUGCUCGACGACCUGAUUGGAGUCGUCGACUCGUUGGAGAAGAGCGACCUUCUUCCUGCGAUCGUGUUCAACACGGACAGAGACAGGUGCGACCAGCUUGCGAGGAGGCUGGCGAGGGAGAUGGCGAGACGAGACACCUUCAGGGAGGGCGGAAGGAGGCCGAGGGAGAGGGAGAGGAGGGCCGAGGUGGCGAAGAAGGAGGCGUGGAUCGAGGAGAGCAUCCAGGCCGAGGCGGAGGCCGACUCGGCUGGACGAGUCAAAUUCGGCUACACCUCCGAGGUGACCAGGCUGAGCACGAUGGAGGUGCACGAGGAGAUGAAGCACGCGCCAGCCCACUGCCUCGACCUCGCAGAGAGGGGCGUGGGCGUCCACCACAACCUGCUCAGUCGCAAGACGAAGUCGGGCGUGGAGCACCUCUUCAGGCGCAAGCACAUUCGCGUCCUCUUUGCCACCGAGACACUCGCCCUGGGAAUCAACAUGCCAUGCAGGACAGCCGUCUUCUACGGCGACUCCUUGCAGCUCGAUCCGAUGAACUACAAGCAGAUGGCAGGGAGAGCAGGGCGUAGGGGGUUUGACACCCUUGGAAAUGUCGUAUUUGCUGGGAUUCCGAAGCACAGGAUACAGAAUUUGAUGGUGUCGAUGCUACCAAAAAUAAAGGGGGGGAAGAUACAGAAUAACAUGACAAUGAGUCUGUAUAGGGAGAUAUCAGAGGGAGUUAUAAAGAGGAGUUUGCUAGAUAGGGUAGUAGGGGUAGUAGCUAAUGAUGAUAGGGUUGCUAAUGAUGACAGGGUUACUAAUGAUAACAGAGUUGCUAAUGAUGGCAAUAAUAAUAUUACAGUCAAUACUAAUGUUGUUACCAACAUUACUAACAACAACAACAACAACAUCAGUAACUACCCCUUCAUCUACAAGUAUUCGUACCUGUAUGACUUGUACGUGACCAAUAAGGAGCAGGGAAAUGGUACAUUCAUCCUGGGCUGGCUCGUAGACAAUGACCUGGUUGACUACGAUGAGAGACCACUCAUUCUCCUCAUAGCCCACCUAUUUGAAACAGUACCAACAAUCAACCCAUCGAGGAGUCUACCAGGAAUUCCAGUACUGAAACAGCUACGGGAGAUCAACAGGGACUACCACAGGAGACUGUUGGAAGCAGGUGGCAUCCUAUCGGGCUACAGGGUGUUUGAUGUCGGACUGGAGCAGUACCACGACAACUCAUUCCUCUACUACAGGGACACGAUGAAGAACAGCUACGUCUACGACUUCUACAGGCACGGAUCAACUGUACGAAUCAAGCAGAACAACGGAUUAGGAGGAGGAGAGCUAUGGACCAGGCUACAGGGCAUUGAGAGGGUGUCGAAGAGUCUGAUGGGACUGGUUGAGAAGCAGUGGGGAGCAGACACAGGCAGGUUCAAGCGAAUCAAGGAAGUGUACGAUAAGUUUGAGGAGAAGUAUCACGCCACAUUUGCGUAG